AUGGAGCUAGCUGGGUGUCGAUGUGUGCGCAAUAACGGCCGAGUGCAUGAGGCUGAGCCGCCCCCCUUCGAUGUCCUCAGAAAGGUCGACCCCCGAAAGAUACAAAUGCCACCACGCCGAUCUGGUGAAAUCAGGCGUCUCGCCUGCCAUUGGCGCGCGUUCCUCCGGGCUCGCUGCCCUCCGCCAACCGUUUCCUCCGAUGAAUUUGGACUGGGCAUGCAAGGCGUCGAAGCGGGGUCGAAUGUCAUCUCGACUCUGAGCGUCUACGUGGUGCGGGUGCGUGUUGGUGGCCUGGCUCCCAUUCUCGAGCCCUUCGCUUCGGCGUUUCGCUGUGGUUACCUGGUGGAGACCAGGUCUUCCGCCGUAAAUAGCUCGACCUUCACCUGUACUGACCUAACUGGCGGUGUGUGUACAACGGCCACGAGAACUCCAUGUCCGCUUAACACUGCGCUGGCCUGGCCAGCCAGCUGGCUGGCUGGCUGGCUGGCUGAUCGCACAAUCGCAACGCGGGCUACGGGUAAGACUCUUAGCCUACGAGCCUCGCAGGCUAAGAUUAGGGCGCAAAAUGCAUUCAAAGAGAUCGCAGCUUCAAGAACAGCUUCAAGUUUGGCCUUGCAGAGGUCAAUGGCCCUCAGAAAACCGAGGUCACUUCUUAUGAACCUUCAGUGCUGCUCUUUGAGUGGUGGCGUCCUUCUCAGCAGCUUGUUGUGCGCCUGCUUUCGUGCCGAUGAGACCAAGACCCCAGGCGGAAUUGGCACUCGUUGCUGUCCGCGCUACAAGAAGACCAUUCCAAGAACUUAUCCAAGCUCUAGUGUCAGCAAGUUUGUGGGAAUAAGAGGGGUGUUCUCACGCGCGCGGGCUCUACGGCGACACUGA